AUGUGCAGCAAGAGCCCGGCCGAGCGCGUGCGGAGCGCCCCCUUUCCAUGCGCGCCCCAUCCAGGAGCGAGGAGGGAGCGCAGCGCGCUGCACGCCCCCUUCCGAGCCGAGGCGCCGGGCUGGGCUCACGGGUCGGUCCCCUGGAAGGCCGGCCGCGACGGGCAAGAGGGGCCCUCUGCACACGCCCAGAGGCGCUCUCGCCGCCCCACGCGGCAGCCUUACCUUGGCGCUCUCCGCUCCCGGCUCGCCGUGCAGGCUGCGCGCCCCGGGCCAGCUGCCGCCAGCGGCCGAGGGCAGGUCCUUGGAGCGGGAGGCUGCAGCGCGCAGGCUCCGAGCCGGGCGGGGGGAGGGAGGCAGCGGCCCGGCUGCCACGUGAGAGCGGAGGGCGGGGGCGCCCGGGAGGGAGGCCCGCCGCCGCGGGAGUUCCGCAGAAGGCCUGGAGCCGGCCGGGGGAAGGGGGGCCCUUCAGUGGCCGCGGGGCCCGAAAGCUGCAGCCCUUUCGAGGCCACCCAGGCGUGCGCCCGGAGAGGAGAGCGCAAAGGCGCGCCGGCAGGCUGUGCCGAAGGGGACCCGCAGCUGCGCGCCUCCCCCGGCGUUUCAGGCGCGUUCCCAAAUCCGCCCCCGUCCCCCGCGCUGCCCGACGGCCCCGUCUGUUCGCCAAAACAGCCACUCGCCGUUGAAAAGCACAGGCCAGCCAGGCUGCUAUUUCGAAAGCUCGCUCGAGUCCCCGCUCACUUCUUCAGAUGCAGCCGGAAGGGGAGUCCAUCAGGCCUUCUCUCUUAG